AUGUCCAGUAAUGACAUCUUCCAAAAUAAAGGGUUUUACAUCGUAUCACCUGCGAAUGCUAUAACGAAAUAUCGGGAGAAGAAUGAACGAUGGAAGAAACUCAUACAGUCUAACGGAGGACGUAUACUUCAUGAUUCAGAUUCAGCACAUAUCGAUUAUAUCCUAAUACACGAUAUUCCCUUAGACGGAGACAAGUUGUUAUCAAAAAGCAAAAUCACAGCAGACACCUACACGUCUGGAUCAGGAUUGGACUGUGAAGAAGAUACUAUGCAUGAUAACGACUGGCUUAACGGUCAUGCGGAUCACUUGAAUCAUUCGGUAUUUCUACCUUCCGAUGAAGAAGAUAAAGAUGAACAUAAUGAGAAUAAGAUUGGAGACGAGAGCGAUCAGCGGGAUGUAGUCAAAGUAAUCUUGAGGAUAGGCUGGAUAGAUGAUUGCUUGAAGGCUGGAAGGAUACUAAGUGAGAAAGAUAAUUGGGGUGGAUGUAGAGUGAAACAAAGAGCAGUCGGAUACUCGAGUUCAACAGCAAGACAAAUCGGAUUCCAAACCACGACAUAUAUUUCGACUGCCAAAGAUGGCCAGAAUCUGAAUCAGGAUCCUCCAGAUAUAAUGAGUCCUUCUCACAGCAUCAAAACAUCCUCCAAGCCCUCACAUAAUCCCCAUUUCUCGCCAAUCAUCCCUUGCAGUAGUCCAUCUUGGUCAUCAAUGCCAAGUAGCGGUUCAUCCAGCAACGAUCUUCCAAUCCAACAAGCAGAAUACAAACCUAUUAUUUCCUAUAAAAGAUCAAUCACCAAUCUUGACUUUGCGUUCUACGACCUCUCUCGAGAUCCUCGGAGGAGUAGCGUUGUUUCGGACUUAUCACCAAUUGCCCCAGAAGAUUGCAUCAAUCCCCAUUCACAACAUCCUGUCGCAGCUUCCACUUCACCUGCUGGGAGAGCACUUAGGAUCGAGUUGUCAAAUGAGCUGUUACCUGAGAAUACUCCUGCUUCCGCUUCAAAUAAAAAGCUUAAACUUGCUGAUCUAUCGCCUUCUCGACCGAGCAUUGUGCAGAUACUCGAAUAUAACUCCGAUGAGCUAUCCCGAAGUAAUGGUUCAUACGGAGAUCUGCAAGCUGAAGUAGAGGAGACCACCACCAAACGCUCAACCGCUGUAAAGUCGCAGAUGUCUACUGAAUACCACUCGAAAGGAUUCGUGGAAAAGGAAGUCGAGCUGAACUCAGAUGACGGAUUAUCUAUAUUCGAUGAAUGGGAGAACCUUACUGAAGAUGAACAGGGAGAGACGGGGGAAAAGCAAGUUGAGCCGAGGUCAGAAGAUGGUUUCUCUAUAUCUGAUGAGUGGCAGAUUCCUGAUAACGAUCAACAGGAGAAAUUCUCCGAAAAGCAGAUUGAAAUGAGUUCGGAUUAUGGUUUAUCUAUAUUUGAUGAGGAUGAUAUGACUUUAUCGUCAAGCCCGGCUCCUGGACUUGAGUUUACAGACAUGCCAGAUGCUCCUGAAACACCUAUUGAAAAUACACUAUUCUCUCCAUCUUCCUCUCGUGCGACCGUUGAUUCACCUGCUUCCGUCACCUCCCCCAAUACCAUCUUUCGGAAUCCCAUUAAUGGUCAAUCACUCAAAUUGUAUAUACAUGGUCCCGCCACACGGCUCGCGCAUGAUAUUGAAAAACAUGGUGGUCUGAUGACCAACGCCAAAAACGCAGACAUAGUUGUAUUUACACGUUUCGAGAAUCAUCCUGGAUCACUGGUACCGACUACACCCGAAGAAACGGCUCUAUUCCAGCAAGCUUUUGGAAGGUCACAGAGAGUGUUAUCGUCAAAAUGGAUCGGGGAUUCCUUUGCGGCUGGGACCCUUCUACCCGAAGAAAGAUAUUCGAUCUGGCUCUCGAAAAUAUAUACGACAACUCACAGAUCCGCUGCUGUGAGAUCGAUCAAACGAACGGUGGGUGCUGGCUGGCUCACACCUCAGUUCAUUUACGAACAGAUCAACGCUGACAUGUCGUACACAACUGUAGCAAGAUAUAUUUUCGGAAGCUAA